GAGGAGAGGAGGGAGCGUGUAGAGGCGCACACUGCUGCUGGACUUUCACUCUUCUCUCUCCUGCUACCCCCUGAACACCUCGCAGCUUCGCCCUCGGCUCCCCAACCCGGGACCAUGGACAUGAAAGUGGUCGCCCUGGUGACCUUGCUGGUGGCAACACUUGUGCUCUCCGAGGGAAAACCGGUCAGUCUGAGUUACAGAUGUCCCUGCCGAUUCACAGAGAGCAACGUAGCCAAAGCCAACAUCAAGCAUCUCAAAAUCCUCAACACACCCAACUGUGCUCUCCAGAUCGUGGCAAAGCUGAAGAGCAGCAGCAGACAAGUAUGCAUUGAUCCUAAAUUAAAAUGGAUUCAAGAAUACCUGGAAAAAGCUUUAAACAAGAGGUUCAAGAUGUAAAAGGCACGCAUUGUAAGACUGAAGCCUGAAGGAUUUCUUACUGUAGGACCAGAAAGCAGAUAACAAGUAUUAGGGAAGGAAUGCUCAUGGCUGUCACCAGGCAGCUCUAGGGAUGGCUAAUGCAUUUCAAAAGCUCUGUUUUGCACAAAUCCCGGCUUGCUUUCACUGUAUUAUUAUGUAGCAAGAUAUAUGGUGUUUAUUUUUUAUUAAGUUUGUUCUAUUGAAUGUCACUGGUGACAGAUAUGAACUCAUUAGACUAAGUCCUUUAUUUUUACUUAUGUUAUCAUUUUUCCUUUGUGAGCCCUAGUUUAUCUUGCACUCAUUGUUUGGGGCACACCAAAAGUUACUGGGUUUUAUGUAUAAAUAUAUGGCAGGACAUGAGCUGCAAUAUGUGCCAAGAUCUUUAGCUGAAGAGUAUGACUUUUUGAUAUGAAGGAUAUGGCCAUUUUUAGGGAUAUGGGCCCAGAAUAACAGCUACCAUUGUUGGCCCAGUAUUAGGUGGGUGGCCUGAUUUUUUUUUUAAUCAGUAUAUUGCUCUUGAGUUAAUUCCUUCUCUUCAUGUGAGAACAGAGAGCAUCUUUUCAGGUCAAGAGAAAGUCAUCUGGGAGGAUCAUAGAUGCUCAUAAGGUUGGCCCAUUAUUGGCCAUUGUCAAAAACGUGAGGGCAGAGCAGGGCUACACCAUCCAUGUUGUCACCUGCAUCCCAUCAUUUUCUCCUCAUUUUCAUUUUUUUUCCUCCAUCCAUCACCAUGUGUAUCUGAGACUGUCUUUGUCCAUGGCACAGAAAAAGAAAUCUCUCAAGACUAAACUUUUGAUUUAAAUUAAGCAUUGAAAAAUAAGUGGAAAUCUGUUAUGUCCCAAAGGUAUACUGCCAAUGGUGUGUGUGCCCUGUGUCUUGUAUGGAAUAUUGUCAAAAUGUCAAAUGCUGUGUUUUCGUGUAGCAUUGAUGUCAAACAGUAUACCCAAUGUAAAAUGCUGUAUGUUCUGUUGGAAUGCAAAGGCUGGGAUUGAACAUGGGUACCAUGAUGUCUCUUGACCCUACUGCCAAUUUGUCAAUGUGUGUGUGUGUGUGUAUGUAUAUCCCUUCAUUUUGGGGUUGUUUUAAUUGCCUCAAUGAUCAGGGGAUAAACAAUGUUCCUUUGCCUCAGCAGAGCAUAGUGUUCAGGUUAGUCACUGAGCUAGCCUUUUAGGACACUCACUCUGCUGCAGGCUGUGCACCUUGUCAUGGGGACCAAACAUUUCAGAAAUUAUGUGGGGAGCUUCACUCUGCAGCAGCGAGGAGUAGGAAACUUAGAAAUCAGAAUGUCCUGGAAAGACUCUUCCUCCUGUGUUGUGAAUAGUAGACAUUUUUUUUAAAAAAAAAAAUGAGACACUGGAACAUGAAUAUAUCUCCAAAAUAGGAAUCUGACGUGGUUUUACACCUGCACUAAUCUAGAAAUCAUACCUCUCUCUGUGCUCACAAAGGGAACCUGACCCACUCCUUUUUCAGCAUUGUCCCUUCUCUAAUUCUUUUUGGAAAGGAGUUAUUUGGCAUAGUCUUGAAAUAGAUCAGGCAGGAGGUAUCCACCAUCUAUACUUUCAGUUUGUUCCCAUGUUGCUUCUGCCUGUUCCUACCCUGUCUUUUAGGGGUCUUUUUAGUUCCUGAGAAUUAUGAGUCUUUUUUUUUCCCCUUGAGCUGAGUGAUCAAAAUGUCACAUGUAUUAAUUCAACAGAGUGCCUACUAUAUGCUAGGCCCACUGCUAUUUCCCUUGUCUCAGUUUACAUCCUCUCUCAAUCUGUGAACUCAACAAGAAAAUAUGAAGACAAGUUGACAGGCCAAGAUAAGCAAUAGGCAACAAAUAAAUUAUGUGUAUACAUAAUGAAAGAAAAAUUGGAUUUAAGUUUUUUUUCAAUUUAAUAAUCUGAGGGAUUAUCAAUAGCAUCUGUUAAAAAUUUAAACAUUUCUAUGUUGAUUUCUUUAAAUUGGAUCUGAGUAGUGGAAGAAGUUGAAUCUGUCAGCUGAAACCUUUUCUUUAUUCUAAUUUAGACAUUUCAAAUCACUCCCCAACUGCCUUUGUUGUUUUAAAAAAGCUGGAGACCACAAUGAAUUUCAAGAUUUUUCCAACUGGGUCCUUGACUUGAGACUAACUUGUCAUAUCCCUAACUUAACUUGUGAAUCACUUAUAAAAUGAAAUUUUGGUAGAAACAUGUUGGGGUUUUUUUUGUUUGUUUUUACAAAAGAUCUGAGGUUCUAAAAGAUUUAGAUCUUCCACCCUGGUUUCUUAGAUAUUUGGAAUCCUGAAUCAAUGGCCCUGUAUGUAGAUUCCAAAAUUACUAAGUCAUACAAAUGAGAAGAAAGCUACAUUUUUGUUUUUAAAUUUUUAAAAUUUCAGUAAGCUAAAGUUUUUUUAGGAGAUUUUUCACAUCUUUGUCACCUAGAGGAUAGAAGAAGAGACAGGAAGAAAAAUGGUAUUGUGUAAGAAACAAAUCUCCCCACCCCCAAGUUGACCAAGAUAGGCAUUCAUUGAAACAGCCCAUUUGCAAAUGAAUAUUCACUAAGGGCUCCUUGAUUUUAGAGAUAUGUGUUUUGUAGACCAUGAGGCCAUUCAACCCCAUGGAAUAAUAAAAGGGCAUUUGUCUUGAUACUGAAUCUUUUCUAUUGAAGUCCAGGCUCCCCACUUACAUCCUUUGAAUCAUAAAUGUUGAAGAAGGAAAGUAAUAUUAUAAGCCAGUUUAUUUCUGUUUAAAAAAAAGAGGUGACUGGGCUCCAGUAUCUUGUCCUGUUGUUUGAAUUACAUCCCAUUGUUGUGUGAGUGUGCCGACUUUAGGUGGACCAGUUGAGAGAUAUCCCUACUAGGAUGCUGAGACUGAGUAGAAGAGAAUUCAGCUCUUCACCAAACUUUACCAAAGAUAAAACUUCACCAAAGAUGAAUUUAGAGGCAGGAAUCAUUUUUGAGUAAAGUCCUGCAUAGCUACUAAUAGCAUCUGUAAGCAGGAGAGGAUUAAAAGUAUGUAGACAGAACAAGAAGCAUAUUUUCAGUAAAUGUCACUCUUAUCUAUUGUGGAAAACCACACACACUCUCCAGCAGGGAGGGAAUGAGAGCCAGGAAAGUGAAUCAUAUCUGGAGUUGUGACCUUGGCCAACAGUAUGUUUUCACAGCUUCAAUUCCAAAUGCAGGAUGCUGAAUUCUUUUUUUUUUUAAUUGUGAUGAUCCUGUAGUAGGAGAUGGUGACAUUUGAAUCUGAGAAUACAGCUGGAGGUGGAACUAACUGGUUUCCUUGGUGUUUUGUGAAUGUCUAUACUUCUACAUUGUCACUACUCAAGUCCUCUUAAUGUAAUUUGAUUUCUGUAAUCAACAAAAAGUCAGUAUCAUCACUUCUUUGGGAGCUUUGGACCUUACUCCCUUUGAAAUCCUUCAUUGAUACAUGUUGGACAGGGAAAACACACCUGAGAAAUUCCUCUUACCAGAAUGAUAGCUUUAUUUAUUUUUCUGGUUAGAAAUUUCUAGGUUCUAGACACAACCAACUCAGUGGCACUAUCAAGGGCCCAGGAGGAAUCAUUUGCCUAGAAAUAAUUUUCAUAAAAUCUCAGUCCCUGAUCAAUGAUAACAGUAUUGUUGUGUUGUUGUAGUAGUUGUUCAAAUGUGAUAAAUACUGUAUUUUGUAUUUUUAAAAAAGCAAAUCUCCCAUAUAAUGUGAAAAAAAUUUCCUCUAGAAGGCAGCUGUAGUGUAUACAUCAUGCUUCUUUUUCUUAAAAAAGUAACUCCUUUUGAGAAAGAAAAACAUGUUUUCAUCACAUUCAUGUCUUUGAUGGAUGUAUAUGCACUUAUCAUUUUCCUAAUAAAGAUCUAUAUUCAAACAUAA